GAUAUUCCGAGAUGUUCCUAGUGAUAUAACGAUAGAAGUGGAUGGUGUUACAUUUGCAUUGCAUAAGUUCCCUCUUGUCUCUCGGAGUGGACGAAUCCGGAAGUUGGUAGCAGAACACAGGGAUUCUGAUAUAUCAAGGAUUGAGCUCUUGAGCCUUCCCGGAGGUGCCGAGUCAUUUGAGCUGGCAGCCAAAUUCUGCUAUGGUGUUAACUUCGAGAUUAUAUCUGCAAAUGUUGCUCAGCUUUGCUGUGUGUCAGAUUACCUGGAAAUGAACGAGGAGUAUUCUAAGGAAAAUCUUGGUUCCCGUGCUGAAGAAUAUCUUGAUAGCAUUGUCUGCAAGAAUCUUGAAAUGUGUGUUGAAGUCCUGCAACAUUGUGAAAAUCUAAUUCCUCUAGCUGAUGAGCUGAAAAUUGUUGGCCGAUGUAUUGAUGCUAUAGCCUCUAAAGCUUGUGUAGAGCAAAUUGCUUCGAGCUUCUCACGCUUGGAGUAUAGUAGCUCAGGAAGACUUCACAUGAACCGGCAGGCCAAAUGUGGAAGAGACUGGUGGAUAGAAGAUCUCUCUGUUCUUCGGAUUGACUUGUAUCAGUUAGUUAUAACAGCCAUGAAAUGUCGUGGUGUCCGACCUGAGAGUAUUGGAGCAUCACUUGUGAACUAUGCUCAGAAAGAGUUGACUAAGAAAUCCAGCUUAUGGAAUCAAUCUAGCCAGCCAAAAGUUGACUUGGUUUCUGGUUCAAGUGGGCAUGAGAGACUUGUGGUUGAGACAAUUGUUAGCCUUCUUCCUGUUGAAAAAUUCACUGUGCCCAUCAACUUUCUCUUGGGUUGUUGCGAAGCGCUUUGA